AUGAAAAAUCAUUUAUUAAUAGGUAUGGAGAACUCAUUAGUAUAUCUCUUUUUUGAUCAAUCAAUUGUUAUAAAAGCGUUCGAAUCAAUGGAUCAAGAACGUAUAGAAAAAGUUAAUAACAUAUUAAAGAAACAUUACCCAACAUGGCUUGUUGACAAUAAUGUAACCAUUAAAGAUUGUUCAAAAGGAUAUGAUAAUGAUGUUUAUGUAGUUUCAAAUCAACAAGAUGACAACAAUCAAACAACAAUAGUAAUAAGAAUACCAAGAAAAGAUGGAAAAGAUCAAGAUAGACCUGCAAUGCAUGCCGUUAGAAUGCAAGCACGUGUUAUGGAGCGAUAUAAAGGGGCUGGUGUCCCUGUACCAAGUGUCUUGGCACGUGACGAUGAUCGAUUAGAUAGAUAUAUGAUUGAAUCAUAUAUGCCUCAGGCUGAUCUAAGCGAGAUCUAUACAGAGUUUCCAUUCAAAGUACCCGUUGAUCAAAGUAAAUCAACCUUUCAAGAGGUAGGAAGAUUAUUGGUAAAAAUGCAUAGUGUAAAGACGGAAAAGUAUGGUGGUAUGGUACAAGAAGAGGAGGAUCUACCACACCGACCUCUGCGAGGAGAGUUGGAUCAUUGGAUAGAGUAUUUCAGCGAUUUCAUGGAAUCAGCUAAAUCAUGUUUAGAAAAGAAUCUCUUUGAUACCAAAAAUAUAUUGCAAGACUAUAAAGAUGGCGAUCAAGUCUAUAAUAUAUUGGACCAAUUCUAUCAAGAGGUAUCUAUACAUUUAAAAGAAUUCAAUACACCAUGUUUGGUGCAUGCAGAUGUUUGUAGUAAUAAUAUUAGAAUGGUUAAACUUGAACAAGGACAAGGACAAGAACAAGAACAAUACAGAGUAAAUGGAAUAAUAGAUUUUGCAGAUGCAAUUAGUGGCGAUGGUUUAUAUGAUAUUGGUAGAAUACUUUCACAUGUCUAUGGAGAUUGGUCAUUUAUUGAAUAUAUAGAAAAUGGAUAUUUUGAAAGUGACAACAAACAAUUUACAACAACACAAACUAAAUUAAUCAAAUUUUAUGCUUUAUUUUUCUGUGUAUGGUUAUUAGAUGUAACAGGUGAUAAUCAAAGUGAUAAUACAAAAUAUAAUAUAAUCUUGAAUAAUUUAUUAAAAUUAAUAAAAUAA